AUGCUCGUCGAAGCCGUCCUGCCCACCCCCUCCAGCGAAAAGUCAGUUUAUUACGACGCACCAAUGGCCAUCUUCAACAACCCCUUCUCGUCGUCCAACAAGGAGUCGUCGGCGUUGCAAGAGCCCGAGCAACACGUUGCGAUGCCCACACCGGAGACUCAUCAGCCCAUCCCUGGCACAUACGAGCAGCCCGGUGGUGUCCACCAAGAGCCCGCAGCCCCCUCCCAAAUCGUCCCAUCCCUGAUCCCUGCUCACGAAGAUAAAGUCGUCGCGACCCCAACUGGACCCAUCGAUGCCGCGGUGCCGGAGCCUCCCAAGUCUAAACAUGACAGCACACUCCUCCCGCCCCCUGAGAAAUCCUCGCCCGUCCCACCCACGACCUCCGCGAAGAAAACGUCCAACUCGCCCAUCACCGGCAACGAGCCCCUCAGCCGGGACUACCCUCAGGUCUCGAAGGCUAGCUCUGUCGCCGAGAGCUCCUCCCGCGACAUGCCAUCCAUCCGCCGCAUCGUAGCGCCCGGGGACAGCGACUCCGAAACGGAAGCCUCCGACGCCCGCGCCGCAACCCUCCGCCGCCACAAGAGCGCCAAGAGCGCCAAAAGCCGGCGUUCGAGCGCGCCUCCCUCGCGCCUGGCUGCCGCAUCUGCGUUCAGCGACUCCUCGGAUGAGGAACGCCUUGCGAGAUCCCGCUCAUUGGGGCAACGCUCCCGUCGCGCCAGCACGGUUCGCACUUCGCGCACGAACGCGAGCUCGCUCAACGGUGGCACGUUCGCCAACGGUGCUGGCAUGAUCGGCCCGAACGCGGAACUGGACGAGGAUACGCGCUCUGUGUUCCGCGAGCGCUCGGCGAGCGUGUCGCGCAGCCUAAGUCAGAAGCAGCACAAAAAGCUUGUGAAAGAGGAAGCCAAAGAGGGAAAGAGGCUUUCCAAGAUAAUCCAGCGGGAGGCCAAGGAUGAGAAGAAGGCGCUCGCUAUCGCGAUGAAGGAGCUUGCAGAGUUGCAGAAGAUGCAGGGUUCCGCCAUUAAGGAUGAUGAGAAGGCGCACCAUGCACAUGCUAAGGCGAUGAAGGCCGCGCACAAGGAAGAGCUUCAGUGGCUCGAAGCUCAGCGUCGGCACGAGUUGAUGCAGACCGAGCUCCGUAUCAAGGCAGAGGCGUACGAGGCAAGCCGGCAACACGCGCAGCGCAUCACGGAGCUCGUACAAGAGAAAAACCGCGAGGUCGAGCUGUUGAGGCUUCAGAAGGGUGCUGACAACCGCGAGCGAGAGGCAAGGAUUGCGGUGUUGAAGGGCAAGGCAUGAGUAGAUGCCCGCGUGUUCACUUAUCCCCGGUAUUGUGUUCUCGAUUCGUGCUUCAAUGUUCACUCUGUAUGACCAGCCAUUUCCAUUGUAUAUCAGCAAAUAUCACCUGGUUUACCGCACUUGGAAACGUUGAAUGAGUAAGAAGCAUAGCCAAUAGCGUACCCAGGAGAGAAUGCCACAACGCCACACGCAGGGAGUUCGACAAUCAAACAAUAGCCCGUGAUCGGUAUAAAAACCAACUCCUUGCUACCUGUCCGCCACGCUCUCUUCCGUCCCAUUCUGUCUCAUACCCACGAAGGAAGGCAUGGUUCGCAGUAUCGACACUCUGCCUCUCGAAGUGCUGGACAUCAUCUUUUGGAUGGUAUGCACGGACGGUGGCCCCAUGGGCGCGGUCCUCUCCGGCGUCUCAAAGUUCGUGCGCGCCGCCUCCGCCCGCGCCAGGUUCCACACAACGAUUGUCAACGGAGAAGUGCAGGUCAAGCGCCUCGCCGAGGAGCUCGCCCGUCCGGACCGCGCAUACGAUUUCAACGUCCGGCACCUGCUCAUCUUCGCCAAACGUACGUCGACGGUCCAUGUGUGCGAUGACUAUGGAACCGUGCCCCGGCCGGCGAACUCGAUUGACGGCGGCAGGCCGUUCUCGUCCCUCGAGCUCUCCAUCCAACAGAUCCUCCGAAGCGCAGCGCCGACGGUGCGCAACUUGAUGGUGUUCGCUCCCAUGCUCGAUUUCGUCAGGUUGCAGCAGGACGUCGCGUUCGCGCAGCUCAGCGACCUUACCUUACAUUCCCACUCGCUCAAUCAUCCGCCUGUCCCUGGCCGUCCCGAAGCCGCCGAAGGCAUCGCCUCGACCCUCGUUCUGUCCACCGUGCACCGCCUACACCUAUGCCAGGUGGGCUUCGAGUCCGGUCGCCACAGCGGCAACUACGUCGCGGUAUUUCAGACCGUGCACGCCUCUUUUCCGUCCAUCGAGUAUCUGAGGCUCAGCGGUCUCGGACCGAGCGAGAGCAACCUCCUCGCGGCCCUACGCGUUUACUUCAGGAUCCCAAAGGAGGCCAUCAAGACCGACGUCGGCCUCACCGCGACCUUGAAGCGGUGGCUCAUCGGAUCCGCCAGCGACGGUCUCUUGAACGCGGAGGUGAAAGCACUCUGCGGGAUCAUGAAGACGCUAAAGAGGUUGUACCUCCAGCGCACCCGGCGUAACGACGAGGGUUCCGAGCCGCAAGAUGCGUUACGGUGGUUGCUUCGACGUGACGGCGUGAAGGGCAGCGGCAAGGCGCUGCUGCUCCCAAAGGAAGUGGUCGUGCAUCUCGGGUUUUUCGCCGCCGAGAUGUGGUAUGACUGUGCUCUCGGAUUUGAGACGUGCUACAUGGACCGGGAAAAGGCGCUGUACGAGUGGGCCCGUCAAGUGCAUAAGGGUGAGUUGAAACCGGUGAAGGCGAACGGCGAGGUCGAUGGCGUUCCGGUGAUCAUCAAGGGAAGAGUUUCCUCCUGGAGAUACAAGGAAAUACGCUGCCUUGGCUCGUGAAUCAGUGUCGUCGAAAGUUCACGGUGUUCCGGAACAUCCGUUGCAAUACUCAAGAGAAAUGUAAAUGCACUUUCUGACUGGAAAGUUCUGGUUUGACGGAUAUGUAGCACCGCUAGUCUCUGGUAUAUCGCGAGAUCAUGAAGGGAUUAUGAGUAGUGAUUUGCAGUGGAAUAACAAGGACCGCCGAAUUGGAUGCUCUCUCCCUCAUGUUGGCU